UCAUACAGUAUCCGUACCCAUGCAGAGAUCACGUCAUAUUUUUUUUCACUACCUCCAAUACGUGAUGAUUCAGAGAUACCCCCAAACGCUAUUCUGAGAUUCCAGAUGAUGUCCGAAUAUUUAAACAGUCGCGUUAUAUCACAUCAGUCGACAGUUUGACAACGAGUGACAGGAGUUCAUUGAUAAAUUAUACGAUUGAUUAAAAUGAGCGUGAAAAAUGUGGCAAGAGGAGGGAGCGGCUCCCUUCGAUGAUACCAAUACAAAGGGAGAUGACAUCCAGAAAUUAAAUGCGAUCCAGACCCUGCCGAUUCUCUUAUCAGAAGAUCCACAAACAUGCAUUCAGAGAUUGAUACCGAAAAUGCAGCAAACCCUGCCGAAUGCAUCAACGGAAUUUCACGUUGCGGCAUCAUCGACAUUCAAGACUAUUCUCGAGCAAAAGCUCGUAAGCCCCUCGACAUUCACCCAGACAUUCCUCCAGAGCAUCCUCAAUUCACUGGACACACGGGAUCCAGUACUGGCCCAUGCAUGGCUGGAGACCUUACUGGAUGUGAUCGAGUUACUUCCAACGGAUGUCAUCCGGCGAGAGAUUCUUCCUGUCGCUGUUAUCAAGGGCCAGCUGUCGCAGCCUGUUGGCUCUAGGAUUAUGUGUUGCAAAAUUAUUGGCAAAAUAUCCACACGAUUUGAUUCCCAACUAUUGAAAAAAGAAGUGCUUCCAACAGUGCAUUCCCUCUGCCAGGAUGUGAACAGUGAUGUGCGUGCAUGCAUUUGCCUGCAAUUGCAUUACGUUGCCGAAAGCCUUGGUGGUGAAUCAGUAACGGCCUCAUUGUUACCAUCCAUUGUGGAAUUGGCCAGUGAUGAGGAGAGCAUUGUGCGACAUGCUUCUAUUCAGACAAUAGUUUACCUUCUACCUCACCUACAAGCAGACGUAAUAAAAAGCACGAUUUCCCCGCUGAUAAAAAAGUCAUGCGACAGUGCCCUGAAGUCGGACGACGCGGUGAUCUGCAUAAUCUCCCAGGAGUUUGGAAAGCUGGCCCUCGGCCUGGAGAAGGUGUUGACCCCGCCCGAGCGGACAUGGCUGGUGAAAUACUUCCGUCAGCUAUCCGAAUUGGGAAUGUCAGGUCCAAAACAAGCGGUUGAUAAACAAGACUUGCCCUUUUCAAGCAAUUCAAUGCUGACGGAGCGCUACAUCGAGUGCCGAAAGCAUUGCGCUUACAACAUGCCAGCAAUGUUUCUAUUCGCCUCGACAAGUCCAGAUGACACAGACAUGCUCCUGCCUAUUCUAACGGACCUGUCAAGCGAUCCAUAUCACUUGGUCCGGAGGAACGUUGCAUGUGGACUCCACGAGAUCGCUAGGAUAAUGGGUGAUAAGAACGGAUCGAUAAAGUGUGACUUUAUGAAACUCGUGAAGGAUGACAAUGAGCAGGUGCUUCAGGGGCUUGUACCGAACAUCGGCAAGACCCUUCAGCUGUUCGUCGAGAGUCAAACAAUCAGCAAAGACAGCAUUGACUUGCCAGUGAUGGAGAUGGGGAGAGCGUUGUUGAAGUGCGAGGGUGAAAUAUUUGGCACGAAUAACUGGCGGCUCUCGAGUCUCAUGUUUCAACAGCUUGAGGUGCUGCCCAAGUGUUUUCCCAGUGAUUACAUCUACAAUUACUUCGUUCCUGUUGCACUUAAUCGUGCUCUCAAGGCUCGUCCUAUACCCGUCAAGCUCGCCGCUGGCAGGACCUUCCUUGUCUUCAUUAGGUACAACCUCAAGCCCGCCCAGAGAACAGAACUCAGGAAUAAAUUGUACACCGAUUUGUCGAGGAACACCAGUUGCUACGUCAGGAUGCUGUAUAUUCGGAUGAUGAUUGAGGCGAUGGGCAUCUUCUCGUCGGUUUAUUUCAAGGAGCACUUCUUCAGCGGUCUUCUUGAGAUGACUGAGGAUCCGAUCGCUAAUAUUCGGCUUAAGGUGGUCACUCUUCUUCCGGGGCUUAAGGGAUUGCUCAAGCUGCCGUCUGAUAAGAAGCUUCUCAGUCGGUUUGAGGCCAGUGUCAGGGGACUGAUGAAUAAUGAGAAGGAUAGGGAUGUCAUUGUGGCUCUCACUGCAAUCAUCAGGAAACUCGAUGAAAUCGAUGUCAGGCAUGAGGGGCAACCGGCGACGGCGAAGUUCAUUAAACAGGACAACGAAGACAUGAAGAAGUACGACGAAGAAAAGACCUUAUCGGCGAUCUCUGGAAAGACUUUGGUGUCAUCGGGGGGGCAGGCGGUUGUCAAGAAAUCAGGGAGUCAGAAUAUUAUCAGUAAACAGAACCCUGUCUUGAAUGAUACGGCGAGGAGCUUCAUGCCGGGGCCGAAGGUCAGACCGAGUUCUUCAAUAUCAGAUAGCGCAAAAUCCACAUCCAGACAGACCCCAAGCACUUCGAGGAAUUAUGAAUUGGCGAAGGCAAGCUCGAUGCCAGAGAUACCGGUGACUCUUCUUGAUGAUGAGUUCCUUGUGGACACUGGGGUGAGGAUUCCAGAGCUGUUGUCAUCAUCCAGGAGCAGCACGAAGAUAUCCAAUCUUCAGGACAUCAUCCACAGGAACAACAGGAUUGGAAGUGGAUCCGACAGAGGAAAGGCCAAGAGCCACUUCUCCGUGCACGAUGAAUGCAUCAAGAGAACGUCCAGGUCAGAUCAGGGUUACGUCAGCAAUCGGUUGUCCAUGAAUCUUCAGGAUGGCUACAGGAGCAAGACCUCCGUCGAGGAUGAUCUGAAGGGGAAGAGGUACUCGUUCUCCAGGGGAAAGGGCAAAUGGAGCUUUGACUCCGUGAUCGAACGCAAGACCAGUGACAAGGAAAAGAGAUCGUCUUUCAAUGUCGUGGAGAGGGAGAAGAGGGUCUCCCAGCAAGUGCGUGGGGUUGUUGACAAGAGCAAGAGGCACUCGACGAAUUAUGGGUCUAAGCCACCGGAGCUCAAGGAUUGUAAGCAGAAAUUUAAGAGGCACAGUGUGGAAGUCACGGAUUACCAUCCGAUCGAGAAGUCCAGCAGGAAGAGGAAUUUUACGCUGGAUGUUAAUCAUAAUCAGGGGAGCAGCAAGAUUCCUUUGAGGAAUUCUGCGCCAUCUGGCAGUAGAACUGCACCUGUGACGAGGGCCUCCAGCCCCGUCAGGCUCACGCAUCAGCUAAGCUUCAGUCGAGAGCCCGAACGGGAUGUCUAUGAUGAUAGGGUCAAUAGGUUCAAUUCUAGCGAUGAAGAAGUCGAUAAACUCUGUAUUAGAUUCGCGUAUGUCGAUUCUGAGUACGUGAGGGAAAAUCCGAGGAAUAAAAUCAGCAAGCUACCCGUGUGGGUACCGAGGAAGAAUAAAUAGCUUUUCGUUAAUUUCAGAAAUCAAUGAGAGGCGAAAAAAAUACUGCAUUAAAAUGGUUCAUAUUCAUGGAUUGCUGUGAAAUAAAAUCACGGCGAUUUAAUGAUGAUUAAUAAUUCUUAGAAAGGUUUAAACACACGAGGUGAUCGAUCUGGCCGCCAUAUUGAUUCCAGCGUGAACAAUAUUAUUGAUGAGCUCUACAAUAUUUCAGCGCCAAAACAGCUAUCGCCCACCUUGGAUGUUUAAUUAUUUUUUUUAUCCAUUUGUUGUCGCGAGAUUUUCAUGAAAUUUUUUUGUCGUAAUCUUUCGAUGGGAGAUAUUUUCAUGCGAUAUUUCUUUUCACCUCUCGCCUUACAGAUUUCUUAAUCGAGUCAUUUUUAUCGUAUCGUCUUUCUGUUCGUGUUUUCACGAUCGAUAAUUGCGUUUAAUGGAACCAUUAAAAGGUCGGAAUCUUCUAAUGAGCAAAAUGUGUACCUGAGGGAUGACUAAAUUGUGUAAAAAAUUCCAACUUACCUUCGUUUUUCAACAGAAGAAUCACAGGGUAAAUUUCUACCAGCAUUUUUAAGUUUGGCAUUUUAUUUCGAAACCGAUGAUCUAUAUCAUUGAAUUUUAUUGAAAUCAUCAUGACUAGUUAACUCAUCGGGACAAAUCCAUAGAUGAGCGGAAUAAUAAUAAAACGCAUUAGAUGUGCUUAAUCAUCGAAAUCAACAAAUAAUGCAUAGACUUGAAUAUUUCAUUUGAAAACGGGCGAAACCAGUAUUUGAGUUAGAAAUAGAAAUAAGAUAGUGCAAACUAAUAAGUGUAAACAAAGCAUAAUUUUCGUUGAUAAUUCAAUAUUCUAAUGAGUUAGAAUUAAUUUUACCCUACACUCAUAAUUUUUUGAUACUUAUAUCGAUGACGAGAGCUUCCCGAUGUGAAAUUUAAUUUAACCACACGUGCAAUUGUGCAGUUGAUAGUUUAACCCAUGAUUCUCCUUAACGAAAGCAACUUGUAAAUUUUAAAUGAAUUAAAAGAUAAUUUAUGAAUGAAAAAAAUUAUAAACAAAUAUGUAUAAAUUGAAAAUAGAAAUUCCAAUGGAAAGAAAUUAUUAUAGAUUCCUUAUGGCAUUUGUCAUUUUUCGUUGACUCUCAGAUGAGUUCUGUAAAUUAAAAUUUCUAUUUUGUAUUGAGAUUUAUCAAAGAAUUUCGCUUGCAGAAGUAAAAAGAAUUGAGCGAGUGCGAUACAUCGGAUCAUUGAAUAGUCAAGGGUCAACGGCAGAGAAAAUAAUAAGGAGGUGAUGGAAAGCGAUGAGUUACAAGAGAGCAAAACAAACUGUUUAUUUUUGUAUAGAAAUCUAUCCUGUUCGGUGACCUAUGUGCCAGAAAUACUAUACGUAUGUACAGAUGAAAUAAGAAAAUGUUAAUGUAGAGAUUAAUCUAUGAGUGUUGAGUUGAGAGGGGAGACGUGAGGAUAUUAAUUAAUUAAUUGAUAAAUUUUAGAGAAAAUACUGUCUUAAUGAAAAAUCCUGCAAUCUCCUGUGUCCAUUCUAGAAUUUUGUUGAAAAAUACACUUAUCUGUGAUAACUUAA